AUGUGCUCGGACCUGGUCGGACUACGGAUAGCCGAGGGUAUCGGAGGGUAUCCGAACAGCACCCCGGGGUUACAACAUGCCUCAACCCUGCACCCAACCAACACCAGAGCCGAGCCCACAGCCUCCAAGCCGAACACGAGUAUCGUAAUGUCUCAAUCAGACGCCGCCAAAAAGGUCCUACUGAUGGGCAAGUCAGGAUCGGGCAAGUCGUCGAUGAGGAAUAUGAUCUUCGCUAAUAUGGCCGCUGCUGAUACAAGGAAGCUGGGAGCUACUAUAGACAUGGAAACCACUCCAAUCAAAUUCUUGGGUCAUUUCGCCCUAAGGUUAGUGGAUUGUGGGGGCCAAGACUCGUACAUGCACAACGUCUUGUCGAUGCCUGCCCGCAAUCGAAGCUCCGUUUUCUCUCAAAUCGGAUGUCUACUAUACGUGUUUGAUGUCGAGAGUCCAGAUUUUUCAACAAUCGAUAUGAUCUGGUUUUCCAGAGUGAUUUCGGCGAUCUUGGAAACGCUCAGUGAAUCAGACAAUAUGGAAGAAUUCAAAUUGCACAUCUUGAUUCACAAGAUGGACUUAGUGCCAGAAGAGCAUCGACAAAUGGUCUUUGAAGCCAAGGCUAAAGAAGUAAGAAACAAAGUCGGGGACUACUCCAGAGGAAAGAUCAGCGCAGACAUGAUCCAUAUAUUCAGUACUUCGAUCUGGGACGAGACGAUUUACAAGGCUUGGUCGACGAUUGUGCAAAUGUUGAUUCCCGAAAUCGGGACAUUGCACGCUCCAUUGGAGCGGUUUGGCAGGUUCACCUCUGCUUGUGAGGUGAUUGUUUUCGAGACGGCCACAUCGUUAGUCGUCGCAAGAUGGACGGAUGAUGAUGCGACCGAGCAAAUCCAAGCUGUGGAUGAACGACGGUUUGAACGGGCUUCAGCGGUCGUAAAAGCGUUCAAAUCCGCAUCAGCUCGGAUAAGAUCUCGUUUCAAGUCCAUGGAAAUUACCCAUCCCAUGUACACUGCAGUACUCGAAAGUCUGACAGAAACCACUGCCAUUCUGGUGGUGGCUGUAGAUCCCAAAGUUGUACCCGCCGCGAUUCAUCUGAAUAUCAACCUCUCGCGGCCCUCCUUUGCCAAGCUUCCUGGACUAUCUCCAAAAGCACCAGGUUCACGCUAA